AUGUUAGCUUCUAAAGUUUUAAGAAAUGUUACAGGUAUGGCAAAGCCAGUUGCAUAUAGGGAGGUUAGAAGGUCAGCCGCGGCAAAUGGUGGACGCAAGUCCGAAUCUUUGGCUUUAAAGGAAGCAAAAUCUACGGUUUACAUUGUUUUUACAUGGGGCACCGCAAUGUCAGCAUUCUUAGGAUGGCCUUUUAUGAUCAAGUAUUUUAAUUGUGGACGUCUUUAA